UGCCGGUGCAAGAAGCAGGACACCCGUUAGGCGGAAGCCCAUACCGUUCUGCGAACCUGACCUGACCUGACCAGGUGAUUUUGUUUUUGCAGCAACACGCCUGUUGUAUCGCUGUCAUCAAGGCGGACACUUUUCGACGUUGUGCAAUCAAACGCUCCCUACCGCUCGCCGCUUGCGCGCCGUUAUUCAAUUGGCAAAGGUGGAUUUACUUGCAUUGCUCCUUGUGAUUUGCUCAUUACAUUUGUACUUGUCAGUGGAUCUUCGGUAUUCCUGGUCUUGGUGCCUCUGCUCUUAAAAAGUACCUGUUGCCACAUCCUUGAAGUUCACUGCGACUUUGACGCCUGUUAUCAUUUGUACUGUGAUUUUUCCUUACAGCUUUUUUCUAUCCAUGACCAGUUCUGUAUCCAAAAAUGAAUACUUAAAGCGGUAUCUAGAACCAAAAAAGGGUAGAAAUCGAAAGUUCGAGGACGUGACCGUUAAGUAUAUCUCUGGUGAUUUACCGGAAACCUUGGAUGCAUUCUACAACGAUCAGUCGGAGGCUUUUCCAUUCUCUGCUGAUCAUGAGGAGGCUCCCACGGUGGUUCGAAAGACUACUCUAUCCAAAGCUGAAAAAGGAGAUAAAUCGAAGGAACUGAGUGACAAAAAGAAGGAAGCGGAGAUUCAAGCCAGAUAUGAUGUAUGGAAUCGCGGCAUCAAAACCCUGGAAGAAACUUACGCUAAACUAAAAGAACAGCAGUAUGAAAGUUCGAAGCCAUUGGCUCGCUAUGCUGAUGAUGCGGAUUUGACGGAGCACUUAAAAUCGAAACUCCAUGCGGAUGAUCCAAUGGCUGAGUAUUUUGCAAAAAAGAAGAAAAAACAUGAAAAGCCAAAGAAGAAGAAGAAGAAAGAGCACGAAAAGCACCCCAAACCAGAAGAGGGUAUGUUUUACUGCACCGUGACAAUUGACACCUGUUUGUCUUGUUGUUCGGCUUCGCUGCCUCGAGUGGGUUGGAACUGUUAA